CAGACCGUCUGAUUCUUCUGUCCGCAGUCAAUAAAGCUGGCUGAUGUAUAUGUAAUUAACAAAUACUUGAGUGUAAUACAGAGUAAGUUUGUGGGCAUCGUGGGUCAUGGGCUGUGAGAGAGUGAUAUGGAUGAGAUGCAGAAAUCCUGCAUAUUGGAUCUCUCGGGUUAUAUAAAGGCCGGACUGAUCCGUGGUGAGCCACAGACGCAUGAAGUGUCAGGAAGACAUUGGACCAGGAUUCCUGAGUACAGUGGCAAUGAUGAACGUCUCCGAGUCGUCUCGGGCUGGUUCUCCAGACACCGGCUGGACCUGCAGCAAAGCUCCUGAAGUGGCCAGCGUCAGAGUUCAGCUGGAGAUGCAGAGCCUGUGGCAGCAGUUUGACCAGCUGGGCACUGAGAUGAUUGUGACAAAAGCUGGAAGAAGGAUGUUUCCUACAUUUCAAGUACACAUUUCAGGCAUGGACCCUGCUGCAGAAUAUGUUCUCCUGUUGGACUUUAUUCCUGUCGAUGACAAACGAUACAGGUACGCUUUCCACAGCUCCUCCUGGCUGGUAGCUGGACGCGGAGAUAUAGCCGUCCCGGGACGAGUGCACUUCCAUCCGGACUCUCCCGCUCGAGGAGCGCAGUGGAUCAAACAGACCGUCUCAUUCGACCGCCUCAAACUCACCAACAACUUGCUGGACGAUAACGNNNAGAUGAUCCUGAGCUCCAUGCACCGGUAUCAGCCGCGGCUGCAUGUGAUUCUGGUGGACCGGAGCCGCGACAGUCAGCGCUUCGCUCACCGCAACUUCUGCACCUUCAGCUUCCCAGAGACCCGCUUCAUCGCAGUCACUGCCUACCAGAACCACCGGAUCACCCAGCUGAAGAUUGCUUGCAACCCCUUCGCCAAAGGCUUUCGUGCAGCUGAUUCUGAAAACAGGACCAUCACCUUCAGCUCAACCUUGCAAAGACAGAACUGCUCGUGGUCUCAGCCAAACCAUCACAACCUCUCUAUACAGCUGGGUUCAUCAACCAUAACUCCUUCCAGGACAGCUAAGCUUCACAGACCGUAGUGCUACAACGGGCCGGUGCUGCAGGUUUGCCUUAUACAACAUUAGGAAGAUUAGACCCUUCCCAUCAGAGCAAGCCACACAACUGCUUGUCC